AGAAGCUACAUUUGUGUUUGUUUGUCAUUUGGAAAUCCCAUGGAGGAUAUUGCCUUCAUCUGCCUGUAGAAAAACAUAAUACAACAUAUUGUAUCCCUUUAGGUUUUAUUUUUCUAUAAGAGUGGGUAUAAACCCGAUUCCAGUAUUUCAAGUGUGUAGUUUGUAGUUUUACGUGUUAUAAAAGGUUUACGAUAAGGGCGGGCAUUACGUUUAAGUCAUGUGGUUCAAUGUUCCUGAACGGAUUCGUUACAAGUGAAGCAUUCGCCGAAACCCACUUCAAAAAUAGACCGCAGUGUUGAUUAUUAGUAUUGCAAGUAAUUUGCGUAUUGCGUUUAAACGCUUUAAUAAUACAGCAUUGUCUUUGGAAGAGUGGCACUUAUAAUUUGGACAACGUUUUUUGUUUUUUGUUGCAUAUUAUCAUUUGGAAAAAAAAAUCUGAAGAACAAGAACACAAAAAGUUGCAGAGAUGCACAACAUUGAUGACGUUGAAACAGAGGAGACAUUAACCUGCCUCCGAAUAACAGUUCAUCAUCCACUGCAUGAAAUCAAAAACGUGUUUCAGCUGAUCCACUUCAACAAGAGAGAGAAACACAUGGUAGAAGAUCCCCUAAAAGUCGGCCGCGACACAAAGUCAUGCCACAUUUCUUUGUAUGAUCUGCGAGUUUCCCGGGUGCAGUUUAGUAUUCAGGCUUUCAGACAUUUCAACAGCUCAAAGCUGUUCUUUGAAAUCAAAAACCUGAGCAAAAAAGGAAAGCUGAUAGUAAAUAAUACAGAACUUGAGCACCUCAAUAAGGUUGAAUUGCCAAAAAAAGCCCUUGUGAGAUUUGCAGAAUUCCAAUUAUUGGUGGAAAAAGAAGAUGGGGAGUCAACAGAAAGCUUUGACACAUUCUUCGAGUUGGCAAGAACACCACCAUGCCAGGAGAUUCUCUGUGCACCUUCAAUGAGCCCAAUCCCUGAAACAGGGAUCCUGAUCAAUGCGUGCACUGUUCCUCAGCAAUGCAGCCUUCAAACUCCAGUGGAGAUGGAAGAAUGUGAACUAAAAUAGUUGAGCAAUUAAGUACAAACGUAAUUAAGGUAUGGACUAAAUGUGCAGUUUUGAAAUAGCAAAUGUUUUGUUUUUUUUAAAACAUGACUUCUGUUACUAAGCAGCGGUUUGGUUACUGACAAGAAAGAAGCAAGGAAGUGCAAGACAAUCUGAAAGCAAGGCUUACAAACAGAUUUCUUAAACCCAGUUUAGUACCAGAUAUUAUGGUUUAAAUUAAAAUUCCAAACUACACAUCUGAGAUCUAUAUACUGAUGUGUAUUAUUUUGUUAGCUAUAUAUAAUUACUUUAAUAUAAACAAUGCAAAAUACUAAUGUGUCUGGAAGACUAUAUAUAUAUAUAUAUAUAUA